UUAAAAAUUUCCUCCAGGCUAUUAUAUAUACCUACACCAAUCAUUCAGAACAAACAGUGAAACACUAACCUAAAAAAGAAACUUUCUUUCAUCAAGAAGAUGAUGCAAUCAGAGCUUCUUCACAACUCAUGGUCUUCCACUUUCCCUCAAACUGAAUUUUGUGCUAUCCAAAUUGAUCCCUAUGAAAGUCAUAAGUAUGGUGUUUCUGAUUCUUCAAUCAACUCCAAGGAUCAAGACUCCUCUGGGAUUACCUUCUCAGACUUCACAUCCCUUUUUCCUGAUGAUGUUUUUACUGAUCUUUCGAUGGAUGAUUUGGAGUUUGAUGAUGUUUGCAUAUGGUUAAAUGAUAGUGAAAGUGAAGGAAAUGAAAAUAUGAAUAUCUCAAUCUCUUGUGAGAUGCAAAAGGAUGGAGAUUUAUGGAGUCCUGCUAUUUCAGGAGUAUCCAGUGAGCCCUCAAUUGCAAUACCAUUGACAAAUAGUGCCAUUUCACUUGUAAUUCCAGGAAAUAGUAAAGAAAUGGAUACUCAAAUGAGCCUUCAUCAUUUAUUAGCAGCUUAUGGAGAGGCCAUGGAAAAUGGUCACAAGGAACUAUCAGAAGUGAUCAUAAGAAGCAUAAAAGGAAAAAUAAAUCCUUUAGGCGAAUCGUUGGAACGCGUUGCAUCCAAUUUGUUCUCGCGGAUAGCAGAUCAAGAAGAUUACUUAAAACAAGAAUCAAGCAAGAAUCUUGAAGUAGCAUUUAAGGCUUUCUACCAGAUUUUCCCAAUAGGGAAAUUUGCUCAUUUUGCUGCUAACUCAGCAAUAAUGGAAUCCAUUCCAGAUGAUGCAGAAACUAUUCACAUAGUGGAUUUUGACAUGGGAGAAGGGAUUCAAUGGCCUCCAAUUAUUGAAGCCAUGUGUCAAAGAAGAAAGGCUUUGAAAUUAACAUCCAUAAAGAAAACAGAGGAAGAAUCAACCAGUGAUCAGUGGAGAUUUGAGGAGAUUAAAAGAAGACUUCUUGAUUAUGCAAAGCCUUUUGGCCUAAGAUUACAAAUUGAGGAGAUGACAGUUGAAGAGUUGGCAGGUGAAAUGAGAAGAAUGAAAAAAAGGAAUGAAUGGUUGGUUUUCAAUUGUAUGUUUAGACUCCCACACAUGGGAAAAACAAAGUGCAGAAUCCAUGCCUUGGAAUUUCUAAAACUAGCUAAGGAAUUGUUACUAGCCAAUUCUUCAACUCACAGAGGACUUGUCACUUUUGGUGAUGGAGAAGCAAUGGACAAUAGUCACAAUACUAAUACUUUCUCUGGAUUCUUCAACAAGAAUUUGAUAUAUUACCAGUUGAUUUUCGAGUCGUUGGAGUUGUAUUUUCCAGCUUAUCUUGCAGAAGCAAGACUUGCCAUGGAAUCCCUUUUUCUAGCACCUCAAGUCUGCUCAUUUUCUUGGUUUCACAACUGGGAAGAGAUGACAAGUACUUCUGAUUCUUGUGGAGAAACUGGAUUGCAAGGCAAGAAAAUAAGCAAAGAGAACUUGUUACAAGCCAAGGUAUUGGUCAAUGAAAGAGAAACUCCAUUAAAUGUGAGGAUUGAAGAACAAAGGCAACAUGAAAUGGUCUUGGAAUGGAAAGGGACACCAUUGGUGAGAGUUUCAACUUGGAUGUAGAUUCAGGGAUUCAGAAUUUAAGUAUAUGGUGUUGGAUUCUAGAAAAGGUAGUUUAGUGGGUUCUAGAUAAAUUAUUUACACAUAUUUAGUGGAUUUCAUAAAACAAAUACAGGAUUUAGGCCAAAACAACUGAAUUCUAAAAUUCUACUGAACCAGUAACUAAAAUUCUAGCUUGGCGCAGAAGAAAACAAUAGCAGCAAACGACAUAGAGACACUACAACUCUUUCUCUGCGUCGUUUUCUUUACCAUUAUUUUUAUUGUGUUCUCUGAAGUGAGUGUACAGAGCCAUACUAAUAUUAGUCUGUCUAGUGUCUAGUGUAUUUACGUUGUAUAUAUUAUUACAGACGAGAGUUGUAAAUGACAAUUAUAUAUUACUCCCUCCGUUUCAAUUUA